AUUUUACUUUUUAGUGCUUUAUUAUUAUUUUUUCUUUUAAAUAAACUUGGUCUUUUUUUUUUAUUAAUUGUCUUAUAAUGAAGCUGUAUUCCAUUUUAAUCUUACGCAAAGAUGCAGAUAAAGCUAAAAUUCUUGCAUCUCAAUUUGAUUUAUCUAGUUUUGGUUACUUUCAACGUGGCAGUGUCCAAGAAUUUAUGAACUUUUCAGCUACUACUAUUGCUGAACGUACACAACCAGGCCAACGUCAAAGUGUAGAGAGUGAAAAUAAUGUCGCUCAUGUUUACGCUCAUCCUCAAGGCAUUAGUGGUAUGAUUAUUAGCGACAAAGACUAUCCUUCGAGAGUUGCAUUUUCACUAUUAAACAAGAUAUUGGACGAAUUCCUUGUCAAAUUUCCUACUAAUGUAUGGAAAAGUGUGGCUACUUUAGACUAUCCUGAAUUAGCAGAUUAUUUGCGUAAAUAUCAGGAUCCUCAACAAGCAGAUACUAUAAUGAAAGUUCAAAAAGAAUUAGAUGAAACAACUGCUAUUUUGCAUAAAACAAUUGAUUCAGUUCUUCAACGUGGUGAAAAGUUGGAUUCACUUGUUGAUAGAUCAGAAGCAUUAUCCAGUCAAUCAAAAAUGUUUUAUAAAACGGCUAAAAAGACUAAUUCGUGUUGUGUAGUCAUGUAAUAUUAUAUAAAUAAUUAUUAAAUCACCAAAUAGGAAUGAAUUAUAAGGGGCUAGAGUUAUGUUGGAAAGAGGUUGUAAUAAUCAAGUUAUUUUAUUAUUAUUAAAAAAAAAAAUAGUAGAUGCCGUUUCUUAAAA